AUGCAUGGCAUUGUCAUGUUUCAGAGUGAAGAAAGUGUUAAUGAUGUGAUGUUACGACGUUACCAUCAAAUAGAUGGCAAAGAAGUUUUUAUUCAUCGGUCGGUUCCAAAUCAAGGAUCACUGAAAGAUAAUAAAGCAAUUCAACAAUUGAUUGUUUCCAGUCCAAAAAAUCAAUCAUUGGUCGAAUCAGAUAUCAACAGCUACUUUUCUAAAUAUGGUAAAAUAUGUAAUAUUAGUCAUAUGAAAAAUGAAGACAAUACAUGGGUCAUUCGUUUUGAUUAUUAUGAUUCAGUCGACCGAGUUCUUUUGCAUUCUCCACAUCGUAUUGAAGGAAUCGAUGUUAAUGUUAAGAAAGAUAAUCGCAAUUACUUUCGUAGAAGUUCACCUACACCAGAACCGACACCAAAGAUUGAUAAGAAUAACACUGAAGUAGGACCAAAGAAAUCCAAUUUGAAACAAGUGACCAUGAGUAGAUCUAUGCCUUUUAUCUUGAAUUCAAGUCUUCUCUCUGUUUUCUAUUCAGAUGAACAAGUAUCAUGUCUUAGUCUACCUGCAAAAAAAUAUCUCAUUCAUAUUACAAAUUUACCGGCGAAUAUAGAUGUUGAAACAUUAUCACAAGAAUUCGAUUGGGAUAUUUAUGAUAUUGUAAUGGAUCCGUCCAUCAAUGAUCGAGCAUUAUCAACACAGUGUUGGCUGAAAAAUGCCAAUGAUGAAAGAGAAGUGGACAAUUUUGUUCAAAGCAGGAACGGACGAAGCAUCCGAGGAUCAAUCAUUCAAUGUGAGAAAGAAGAAGAUGAAAUAGAAUUCUGUAAUAAAUUUCAAUUUGGUCAAUGUGAAAAAAGUAGUGACGAAUGUCAUUGGGAACAUAUAUCUUGUACGGCAAAGGGUACUUGUUCAUUGAUUUGUCCUUACGGUCAUUCAAUAGGAAUGAAGACAGUACACGAUUCUCCGAAUACGAAAAGCACUGACUAUCGAAUCAAAAUCGCUGGUUUUAAAACGGAAGUCACACCACAAAAUCUCAAUAAACGGUUCGGUCCAAACAACUAUUAUGUCGAUCGACAACAUGAUCGUAUUGGUUACGUGGUCAAAAUCAAAACCAUGAAAUAUGCUAAACAGUUAAUGACCAAAUGGCAUAAUAAGAACAUUGAUGGUCAACUAAUCAAAUGUCAAUUAGAACUCAAUCCAAUCCCGCUUGCUCACCGUCAACGCUCUCGAUCACGACCAGCAUCGAUUGAUGGAGAGUUGAAACGUAACCGUGCCCGCAGUCGCCCACGAGAUGCUUGUAGUGUCCAAAGCAGUCAAGAAACAUCUGAUCUCGGAGAUACUGACAAUAAUUUGUCGAUAACAUUCGACAAUCGAGAAAUGGAUAGAGACCGUCGCAUUUUUCGCCAAGCUGUUAAUAGUAUUACUCGAACUCCAUCGAGGACUAGCUUGCACCAUGCAAGUUCAUCAGAAAGUAUCUCAACAUUGGUUGAAACGAAAUAUGAGUUACCAAGCGAUGUACCGGUAGAUGAAUGGGAAAUAACAAGACGCGCGUUAAAUAGCGAUGGAAAAGUAUUAUUAAUACGUGGCAAAGCAGAUCGAAAACGUCUAGCCGUAAUCAAGAUCUAUCCAAAUCAAUCCUCGACGGACUUGUAUCAAGAAGUAACUGUAAUGAAAGAUCUAAAAGAUGUGAAAGGUGUCAGUCAAUUGAUUGAACCAGAGAAUACAUCGAACAAUCUUACUCAACGACGCGUUGAAAAAGCCAAUCUAUGGAUGAUUAUGAAACGUGCUCCUGGAUAUUCAUUAAAAGAAUUCAUCGAACGAAGAUGUCAAGGUGUCCUUGAAGUUUCAGCAGCCAUUCAACUAUCUCUGAAUUUAGUAAGAAUCCUACAACAGAUGCAUAGCAGAGGCAUUUUUCAUCAGAAUUUGUCGCCUGAAAAUAUUAUGAUCGAAUGGGAUUUAAAAAGUACAUCGAUCAAUCAAGCUCAAUUGACCUUGUUGAAUUUCAGUCAGACUGUGAUUGUAUCAACCAGAACAGAUGCGACAAUCGUAUCAUCAACACGAAAAUGGUAUCAUGCACCGCAAACGAAUGUCAAAAGAUUAAGUUUAACGAUUGAUGCAUCUGGGGUUUGUGCGAUUCUUUUCUGGUUACUGACACAGAUGGAUCCUCGACAUGAGCAUGAUGAACUUCCUCAUCAACAAGCUCGCGAUAAACUCAAUGACAUUAUUAAAAGUGCUGCCAACUCUACAAGUUUGGAAAAACAGCUGAAAAUGUAUCUAAUGGACACAUUCGAUUGUGCUUUCGGCUAUCCAAACCAUCAUCCAUGGACCAUUAAUGACCUCGAAUGUCGAUUAGAGUCAAUUCGUCAAUUAUUAAUACCGAACGUUCCAGAACUGACUACAAUAAGUGCCAUUUUCCAAGAACUGGCAUCGAUCUCCAAUUCGUUGCCAACUCCACCUAUCACAAUCAAUGACGCUCAACGAGAUGCCUUUGAAAAAGCAUCAAAAGCAUUCCGCCAGGCAAAGGAGCAUUUCUUACAAGAUGAGCAAAACCAAUUUGAAUGGUCCGAUGGAAAUUGUACAUGGAUUUAUAGUCCGCAUAGUUCGGUCAAUGAAUGUCACAAUGAUGAUGUGCUCA